CAUGCAAGCGUCAGUUGAAGAGGUCGGUUGAGCGCUGUAUACUAACACAGCCUCUAAGAACAAACUACAGCAGACACAUUUUCAGGUGGAUUAUACAAACUGUGGAAUUUAUUUACCACAGAAUGCUGGCGACAAAAUGGACACAAGCAGCUCUGGCGCUGCUCAUACUCGCCUUUCUCUACUCAAACGCCGUCACAGCUGCAGAGAUUUUGGUCAUAGUCAUGGUCAUUGGUGAUGUUGCAACUUUGAUACAAUGGUCUUAUCCCAGUGCACAGACCGUCAGCUGGAAAUCUACCAACUUUAAAACCAUUCUGACUUGGGAGCCAUUACCAACAGAUUACUCAUACACUGUGGAGUUCUCUGUGGUGUCAAGGGACAAACAGAGGAACUCUAAUUGCAUACGUAUCUCGACAACUAUGUGUGAUCUGACCAGUUCACUGACUGACUUAAAUGCCUGCUAUGUAGCCGAUGUCCUCUCUGAACCUCCACUGGGAGCAACCUCUGACCUCACCGAGUUUCCCUAUACAAGCUCAUCACGAUUCUGCCCCUCCAAUGACACUGAUAUAGGCAGACCUGAUUUCAAGCUGGAGGUGAGCAACAACAAAAAGAAGACUACACUGCAUGUGACUGACCCACUCACUGCAUUGUUUAAAGAUGAUCAUCAGCUGAACAUCAGAGACAUUUUCUUAGAGAAGCUACACUAUAAGGUUACAUAUCGUAGAAAUAAGAGCUCUGGCAAGAAAGUGUUCAUCUCAAAGACCAGCAUAAUAGAGCUGACUGAUCUGGAUCAAGGAGAAAGCUACUGUUUUAACGUUCAGGCCUUUAUUCCAAGCCGCAAUAUCAAUAAACAGCUGGGAGAGUUGAGCCAAACUCAGUGCUCUGAUGAUGACAAACACUCCAUCUUUGAAGUCUAUUCAGUGGGUGUGAUUGCAACUGCCAUCCUCCUCAUCCUGGUGCUGAUCAUCAUCAUAACAGUAGUCACAAUAGUAUGCUGCAGGCGCAAGAAGACCACCCUCCAAACUGAAAAGGAAGGAGUUCCACUCCAGAGUGUGUAGAGGGUUCUUAUCACAGUAACAUAUUAGUAAUACGGUAUACAGUAGCUACAGAUAUAGCUCAAUGGAUGAACAUAAAACUACUCCCAAGAUUUUUUUUUUUUUUAACACGACAAUCCACAUUUUGGUUUCUGUGAAACCCACUUUUGAAUUUAUCAGCCAUUCUGUAGGCUAUUUUAGAAAAUAAUGUAGAACAUGGCGGCAGGGUUAACGACUGGUUAGCACAUCUGCCUCACAGUUCUGAGGACCGUGGUUCCAAUCCUGGCCCCACCUGUUUGGAGUUUGCAUGUUUUCCCCGUGCCUGCGUGGGUUUUCUCCGGGCACUCCGGUUUCCUCCCACAUCACAAAAACAUGCAUGGUCGCUUAAUUGACAACUCUUAAUUGCCCAUAGGUGUGAAUGUGUGUGCGAAUGGUUGUUUGUUUGUAUGUACCCUGCAAUUGGCUGUUGACCAGUUCAGGGUGUACCCCGCCUCUCGCCCGAAGAUAGCUGGGAUAGGCUCCAGCAUCCCAUGACCCUUGUGAGGAUAAGCGGUACAGAAAAUGGAUGGAUGAAUAUAGAACACGCUAAAUCACAGUGAAAACUCCUGCCACAUGAAUCUUUACUAACGGUAUUAUCAUCACCUCAGUGGAAGCUCCAGACUUCUUUGCCACCUCUGCUUAUUCCACUAAGGCUCAAGUUUUCCUAUUAUUUUAAUUUUUAAUUUUUACACGUUACGGUACUAGCAGCACGGUGUACAACUGGUUAGCACAUAUGCCUCACAGUUCUGAGGACCCGUGAUCAAUCCCCGGCCCUGCCUGUGUGGAGUUUGCAUGUUCUCCCCUUGCCUGCGUGGGUUUUCUCCGGGCGCUCCGGUUUCCUCCCACAUCCCAAAAACAUGCAUUAAUUGGAGACUUUGAAUUGCCCGUAGGUGUGACUGUGAAAACUCUGUAACUCUUCAAGAAUAAAGUUGUUUUUUUUUUAAUGAUAAAAAACUGAAAAAAACUCUUACCCACAUAAAGAUACUGUAAACUGCACUGGUUAAUUGGUCUCUCUUCACUCAUACAGACAAAUUCACUGGUCCACUCAUUGGCAAGACCCCACCCUGUCUUUGCUCUCUUCUCACCAUACAUACCACCACACACCCUCUCCGUUUCAACAGUUUUAUUAACCUCUUCGUUCUUUAAGUCCGCAUUAAAUUUAGUCGAUAUUUUCAAUUUUCUGCCCCAAACUACUGGAACACUGCAACAAAUAAAAUUUGUUUGUUAAAAUCUUUCACCCCAAUAUCAUUUUGUUUCUAAAUUAUGCUAGGUAAAUUUAUUUUGUUGGUUUUAUUUCUUAAAGUGCUAUAUAAAUAAAAGUGAGUUGAGUGAGUAUAUGUAUUUGUAUUUGCUUUAAUUUUUGCUUUGUUUUAAAUCUAAAUCAAUGAAAAUAUUCUCUAUUACUUUACCUGGAUAAAUAAAGGUUAAACUAAUAAAUAAAGUCUGAUGUAUUUGAGAAAAAGUCAUAAAGAUGAAGAAGUCUUUUAAAAAAAAUCACAAAAGUCACACUUAUUUUGAGAAUAAAGCCGUAUCUCAUAAGAAUAAGGUUGCAUUUUGGGAAAAGAAAAAAAACAUUUUACAGGAAUACUUUUGUCAUUUCAUGUGAAUAACGUCGGAUUAUCACAAGAAAAUGUUACAAGAGCAGUCCUUUCACUUUUAUUUUGUAUAUUAAAUAAAUAUAAUAAUAAUAAUAAUAGGCGGCACGGUGGACGACUGGUUAGAGCGUCAGCCUCACAGUUCUGAGGACCAGGGUUCAAUCCCCGGUCCCACCUGUGUGGAGUUUGCAUGUUCUCCCCUGUGCCUGCGUGGGUUUUCUCCGGGCACUCCGGUUUCCUCCCAGCAUCCCAAAAACAUGCAUGAAUUGGAGACUCUAAAUUGCCCGUAGAUGUUAAUGUGAGUGCGAAUCGUUGUUUGUUUGUAUGUGCCCUGCAAUUAGCUGGCAACCAGUUCAGGGUGUACCCCGCCUCCUGCCCGAUGAUAGCUGGGAUAGGCUCCAGCACGCCCGCGACCCUACUGAGGAGAAGCGGCUCAGAAAAUGGAUGGAUGGAUAAUAAUAAUAUUGGCGUGUUCAAUACUUUUUCCCUGUGUCAUUUCACAUUAUUACACACAACUUAAUUUAAUUUAAUAAUUGAUCUUAUUUGUUCUACUUUCUUUGUAUGUAUGGAUUACUUGGGUUGUUCCCAACAUCUGGGGAAAUUUUCAUGUCAAUAGCACCUUUGGAAAUAUAUUUAGUGAGAAGAAUGGUGGUGUUAAAUAUUUAUUUCAGCCGCUGUAUAUAGAAAUAAGACCAUUUAUUUUGCUUUCUGCUAUUGUGUGAAUUCUAAAUAGGUACCUCAUCCUGGCACUUCAGCUAGAAAGCUUGAGUGACAAAGAAGGCCAAUUUGUAAAAGCAGAAAAAAAGACAGCGUCCCCGACAAAGUUGGGUGGUAGUGUUAAAUUUAGGUGGAGUGGUGACUUCUUAAUAAUUUUCAUCCAUCCAUCCAUUUCCUUCCGCAGCCCAAGCUGGCAAGUCUAAACUUCCCUCUCCCCAGCCACUUCGUCCAACCCUUCCCGUGGGAUCCUGAGGCGUUCCCUAGGCAGGAUGGCUCCUCUCAAUGCAAAGGAGCAGCAGCUCGACUCUGAGCCCCUCCCGGAGGACCAAUCUUCUCACCCUCUCUCUAAGGGAGAGAAGGUCGCUUGUAUCUGCGAUCUUGUCCUUUCGGUCACAACCCACAGCUCAUGACCAUAGGUGAGGGUAGGAACCUUUUGGCUCAGCUCGUUCUUCACCACGACAUACUGACCACGACUAAGGACCAUGGCCUGAAAUUUGGAGGUGCUGAUUUUCAUACCAGCCAGUUCACACUCGGCUGUGAACCGCUCCAGCAAGAGUUGAGGAUCACGGCUUGAUGAAGCCAUCAGAACCACAUCAUCUGCAAAAACCAGAGACCCAAUAUUGAGGCGACCAAACUGGACCUCCUCAACACCUCGGCUGCACCUAGAAAUUCUGUCCAUAAAAAUCAAGAACAGAAUAGGUGACAAAGGGCAGCCUUGACCUUACCAGGGAGGUUGAGGAGUGUGAUCCCCCUAUAGUUGGAACACACCCUCCAGUCUCCCUUCUUAAAAAGGGGGACCACCACCCCAGUCUGCCAAUCCAGAGGCACUGUCCCUGAUGUCCACGCGAUGUUGCAGAGGCGUGUUCGCCAAGACAGCCCCACAACAUCCAGAAGCCUUUAGGAACUUUGGGUGGAUCUCAUCCACCCCUGGGGCCCUUCCACAGAGGAGCUUUUUGACAACCUCAGUGACUUAAACUCCAGAGAUAGGAGAACCCACCUCAGACUCUGCUUCCUCAUAGGAAGGCCUGUCAGUGGAAUUGAGGAGGUCUUCGAAGUAUUCGGCCCACCAACUCACAACAUCCCGAGUUGAGGUCAGCAGCACCCUGGCGCCACUAUACACAGUGUUGACGGUGCACUGCUUCCCACUCCUGAGACGCCAGAUGGUGGACCAGAAUUUCCUCAAAGCCGUCCAGAAGUCGUUCUCCUUGGCCUCACCAAACUCCUCCCACGCCCUAGGUUUUCCCCUAUGUUUGAACAUGGUGUUUCUUAUGGACAGUCCUUGAUGAGCACAGAAGUCCAAUUACAAAACACCGCUCAGGUUCUGAUUGGUGGUGCCGUACUUCUCAAUCACGCCCUUCCAAGGUCUCACUGUCAUUGCACACGUGACCGUUAAAGUCCUCCAGAAGAACAAGGGAUUCCCCAGCAGGGGCACUGUCCAGCACCCCCUCUAAUGACUCCAACAAGGGUGGGCACUCUGAGCUGCUGUUUGGUGCAUAUACACAAACAACAGUUAGGACCCGUUCCCCCACCCAAAGGUGGAGGGAGCCUACCCUUUCGGAUACUGGGGUGAACCCCAACGUAAAGGCCAGCUAGGGGUGCAAUCAGUAUGCCCACACCUGCUUGGUACCUCUCACCAUGGGCAACUCCUGAGUGGAAGAGAGUCCAACCCCUCUCAAGAGGACUGGUACUGGAUACCAAGUUGUUUGUCGAGGUGAGCACGACUAUGUCUAGCCGGAAUUUCUCAACAUCACGCACCAGCUCAGGCUAUUUUCCCUGCCAGAGAGUUGACAUUCCAGGUCCCGAGAGCCAGCUUCUGCAGCUCGUGUACCCAUGUUGCCUCUUCGAGCUGUGCCCCAUGGGUGCAGGCCUGCCCACCAGGCACUCGCCAUCGAACUCGUCCAGGCUUGGCUUCAGAUGGUGUCCAUUUACAGUAGAGGGGUGUAACAAUUAAUGUAAUUAACGAUUAAUAUUCCUACGAUCCAGUUGGAUCGAUAUGUCCUUAGCCUUACGGACUAAAAUAUAUCGAUUUAAAUCGUUUUAAAAGGUAAUCAAUCGAUUGUGUCAAUACUAGGAGACUAUAUGGAUGCACAUGGUUUUUAGCACUUUUAAUGAUAAAGACGUUAAACGUUACUCAAUUAAGAAUUCCUGUCUGUGAUGUCGCAGUGGAUCAUGGAAGUAUCAAACAGUGUAGUUUUUUUCUGGCACUAUUGAGUGGGCUGGUCUGAGAAACGUGCAGUGCAGGAAAUAUGACAGCGCACCGCGCCAGUGAGCAGAGCGCUAAACUGAACAAGUGGCAAAGGUUGAAUCAAGGACACUGGACCGUUCUUUUUUGUUGAAGACGUGAGGGAAUGUCCUGUGAAGCUUCAAAUCAGAAGAAUGGAUGCAUUUUGGUUUUGCAGUUGUAAAAAAAUUAUUGAGGAGAAAGCAUGACGGGCAAGCGAUAAACUGUUUGCUGACCACCGCUGCCAUCAACAAGUCAUGGAAUAUAAGUAAAAUGUAAAGCCCCAAUCACCUGGAACCAAGAAGCAAGCAAGGCCAAACAUCAAUUCUUGAGACAUUUCAACCAGGUUUUCUUUAUGAUUGCAAGCUCGAGAGCGAAAACGUUGGUAAACACGCUUGAGCCACGGUACAAUAUUUCAUCACGGACUUCAGCAAAACGCUAACACCAACGCUUUAUUAAGACACAAAGACCGAAGUAGUGAAAGAGAGCAUUAAGCAGACAUACUGUGUCUCACUCAUGACUUGGACAUCACGAGCUUCUCAGAGCUAUGUAAACACUAUGUUACACAUGACCAUUAUGUGGGUAAUAAUAAAUAUAAUUAGAACA